ACUAUCCCACAAAAGCUUAUUCCUAAUACUUCUUCCAAAACUAAAACUAUCCCACAAAAGUUUAUUCCUAAUACUUCUUCCAAAACCAAAACUAUCUCACAAAAGUGUAUUCCUAAUAUUUCUUCUUCCAAAAUCAAAACAUCAAUGACAUCGUUGUUAUCAUCAUCGUUACCACCAUCACAGUUGUUACCACCACUCAUAUUACCUAAAAAAGAUUUAUUAGUCACUACUGUUGCCACUACUACCGUGAAAAAACCCUCUACAUCCCCUCGUGUGCCCAUUUCCCUCCAACCAGCAAACACCAAGAGCAAACGUGAUUCCAAGCCCAACAAAUUCUACCGGAAGUUCCGGUCGGCGUUCCGGUCAUUUCCCAUCAUCGUGCCGCCAUGCAAGAUGCCGACGGUAAACAGAAUCCGCAGCAAUGAUAUGCACAUCCAUGGCGGCACAAGGAUUACUGGAACCUUAUUUGGAUACCGGAAAGCAAGGAUAAACCUUGCAUUCCAAGAAAACCCUAAUUGCCGACCGUUCCUACUCCUGGAACUAGCAAUUCCCACAGGAAAGCUGCUCCAGGACAUAGGAACGGGGCUCAACAGGAUAGCAUUGGAGUGCGAAAAGCACUCCAACAAUGAGAAGAUUAAAGUGGUUGAUGAACCCAUUUGGGCACUGUUUUGCAAUGGGAAGAAAAUGGGUUAUGGGGUGAAGAGAGAGCCUACAGAUGAUGACUUGAACGUGAUGCAGUUGUUGCAUGCGGUGUCUGUGGCUGUUGGUGUUCUUCCCCAUGACAUGGCUGAUCCUCAUGAUGGUGAACUCUCGUACAUGAGGGCACAUUUUGAACGUGUUGUUGGGUCCAAAGAUUCGGAAACUUAUUACAUGUCGAUGCCUGAGGGGAACAACAAGGGGCCUGAACUCAGUAUAUUUUUCGUGAGGGUUUGAUAUUUUCUCCGUAUUGAUUAUAUGAAAAUAGUUCUGUUUGAUUCAAGUAGAACGAUAAAACUUAAUACUCAAAAUGGAAAACACUAAUUAUAUGAGACAUGCCAUGAGACAGUGGACAAAUAAGCUUGAGUUUAAAAUAGAUUUAAAUUACGAUUGCAAUUGUGAUGUAUGUGGCUAUGGUCACUAAUUAUCUAUAAGGAUGUAUAAUUAUUUUCUUCAAUUAGGAUAGACUUCUAGUUAAGGUAGAGAUGAAUUAGAAAAACGAAAGGUUGUGGUGUGUGAAUGGAAGGAAAGGUGAGAGUGAGUGAGAG